CUAUAAAUAUGCUCCAUACUUAUCCUACAUUACUACAGCUUUUGUCAAGGUUCCUCCAUAGAUUAUUGGUAUUAGCCUCCUAAAAACCCCUUUUCAACAAAUCAAAAGAGAGAGAGAGACAUGGAGAAUUAUAGUGACAAUGGCUUCUUAUUAGAUGAAUUACUAGCUUUAAGAAGUGAUUUAUGGGAAACAUCUCUACCCAUGCAGAUGAAUGAGUAUUUGUAUAACAAUAAUGCCUGGAAUUAUGAAUGUUUUGGGGAAAAUCCUGUAGCCAUUAAUCCUUUUCCUACUACUACUCCUUCUACUACUACUACUACAACUACUUCUUCCUUUGAAGAAUAUUCUCAUUUGCCAAUUGCCAAUUCAUUAAUCACUGAAUUUUAUAGCACAACACAGCUAGUAGAUGAAUUGUCCCCACCAGGGCUCACUGAUUAUUCUUCCAACAACUGGCUGGACACUACUCACACUGUCACUUCCCAAUUACAAGAUUUCUCAUCAAUAUUGGAAGAUUAUGAAGUACUUGGAAAUAAUUUUGCUCAUUGUAAAUUGGAGAGAACUCAAUCAAGUGAAUCAACUCCUAUAGCCCCUACCAUUUUCAACAUUGGGUUGUGCCCUGAAAAAAAGGUGAAAACAAAGAAGGCAAAUGGGGAGCCUUCAAAGAAUUUAAUGGCUGAGAGAAGGAGAAGGAAAAGGCUCAAUGGUCGUCUUUCUAUGCUUAGAUCAAUUGUUCCCAAAAUUAGCAAGAUGGACAGAACGUCAAUCCUAGGGGAUACUAUAGACUACACGAAGGAGCUUCUUGAGCAAAUCAACAAUUUGCAAGAAGAAAUGGAACUAGGGCCAAAUCAACUAAACAUGAUGAGCAUUUUCAAAAAUGAAAAGCCCCUCGAAAUGUUUGUCAGAAAUUCACCCAAGUUUAAUGUGGAAAAGAGAAAUAUGGAUACAAGAGUGGAGAUUAGUUGUGCAGGGAAAUCUAGUCUUUUGCUAUCAACAUUGACCACACUAGAUGCCUUAGGCCUAGAGCCUCAACAGUGUGUUAUCAGCUGUUUUAAUGAUUUUGCAAUGCAAGCUUCUUGCUCUGAGGAAAUGGAGCAAAGAGGAAUUACAAAUGCAGAAGAGAUAAAGAAGGCACUAUUUAGAAAUGCUGGAUAUGCAGGAAAAUGUCUCUAGUACUUUUGACCAAAUAUAAUUUAGAGGGAAAAAAGGUGCUGAAUUAAUUUUGUUACAAGAUAGAUUCUUGAAUUUGCAUAUUAUUAUUUUGUCAAUUUUGGAGCUCGUCCCUCUUUCAUUGGAGAGGCUAUUGAUUUUUUGUGACUUUCGUCAUCCGUAUUGUAUAAUAAUUUGAUUCUUACUAAUUCAA